AGGUAUGCCAAGCAGCUGUUGUCCUCUGUCAUGGGUGAUAUUAGACAGCGCAAUGGCUCUGUGAGUAAUAAUGACACAGAUUUAUCUGUUGUCCCUUACACAGCGGACGACAUCGGGGUGCUUUGUCAUAAAGUUGACGAUGGGGACGUUGGGGAGGAAAUUGAGUUGCGAAGUCGAUCAGAAGUGCCAGUGGACGCGGAUGCUGACGCAGAAGACCGGGUUUGUGUGCCGGUUUGCUGUAAGAGAAACGACCCUGACCGCGAUGAGGAUGAGGAUGAUGAGGAGGAGGACACGGGGGCAAACACGGUUCAAAAAGAAAAGAAACCAGCAUGUCCGGGGCUGGGCCUCCUGUACACCUUGAUAGCAUCCGUCUUCUUCUCUGUUGCUGCUCUUCUUGUGAAGAAAAUUGAGGGGAUUCACGCCAUAGAAAUCAGUGCAAUUCGGUGCUUCUUUCAGAUGCUGUUUGUCAUGCCAGCCAUGAUAUAUUACAAUACUGGUUUUUUGGGACCUAGAGAUAUGCGAAUCUACCUGUUCCUCAGAGGGUUCCUGGGCUCCAAUGCCAUGAUCUUGUUGUAUUAUGCAGUUCUGCAGAUGCCCCUAGCGGAUGCCACAGUUAUAGUGUUCAGUAAUCCAGUCUUCACAUCCUUGCUGGCUUGGAUUUUCCUCAAGGAGAGGUGCACCAUAUGGGACGUUGUUUUUACCAUGUUUACACUCACCGGCGUCAUACUGAUAGCCAGACCUCCCUUCCUCUUUGGUGGAGAGCUGUCUGGGAUCGAAGGAGACUACACCAAUCACAUCAAAGGCACGGUGGCUGCCUUCGCAGGGGCGAUCGGAGCGGCUUGCACUAUGGUCAUUCUGAGAAAAAUAGGGAAAAGUGUUCAUUACUACCUCUCUGUGUGGUACUAUGCAGUCCUGGGACUCAUCGAGUGUGUCAUUGUUUUGUUCAUCUUGGACGAAUGGACCAUUCCAUUCUGCGGCUGGGACAGGUGGACGCUCAUGGCCAUUGGGCUGCUCGGUAUUGCCGGCCAGACGUUCCUCACCAAAGCCCUGCAAAUUGAGAAAGCAGGACCUGUUGCACUGAUGAGGACGAUGGAUGUGGUCCUGGCGUUCAUUCUGCAGUUCCUAUUCCUCAACCGCAAACCGACAUGGUGGAGUCUGGGAGGAGCGCUGUGUGUAAUUAGCAGCACAAGCGGGGUGGCCAUAAGGAAGUGGCAACAGCAUAAAAAAUAAGAGCUGAUUGGAUAUUAUAGUGAGUAGAAGAAAAAAACCUUUUUAUAUGUUUGCUACAAAUACUUGCUGUAUUAGAUACCAAAGAAGCUGUAUUACUGUAAUAAUAUACAUCGAAAGUCUGAGAUUUUUUUCUUUGGUCUUUGAUUUUAGGACCUUACUGUAUGCAGUAUGUACAGUAUAUGACAGUAUUUUUAGAAAGUCAAUAUUCUAUAGUGAAGACAACAGAUAUUUUUUAAUCAAGAUACUACUGUUGAGACAGCAGUACUGUUUUAUCAUAUAGAGAGUAUAGUAGACAACGUAAUAAUAGACUGCUGGUCAGGACCUGAGCUUGAUGUGUGAAAAAAUCACCAAAAAUGUCAGUUGCAACAUUUACUCACCCUCAUGCCAUUUCAAAGCAGUAUGAUUUUAAAAAAAAUAUUUUUGCCAUGGAACAUAAAAAGGAGAUUUUUUUUGAUUCUCAGGUCACUCAUACAUUCCGUACAUAUUCCAUGAUUUAUAAUCUUUUGAAAUCCAUGCUAAAUGACUGCAAUGAAAAAAAGGGGAAAGAAACACCAUAAAAUGAGUACAUAUGGCGUUAAUACUAUAUUUCAAGUCACAUGGUAGAUUUGUAUGAGGACAACGCUGAAAUUGAAGUAGUUAUUUCAUGAAAAUCUUCUUUAGCUCCGUUCGUCAUCAUCCACUUGACGAAAAUGAUGCUGAAUGUCAUUUGUUGUUGCAUCCUAUUCACUUUCAUUGUAUGGAAAAGAGUAGGGUGAACAUUCUGCCAAAUAUCUAAAUUUUUCCUCCACGGAAGAACGUUAGGAACAACACAAGGAUAAGUAAAUGGUGACAGGAUUUUAUUUUUGUGUGGCAAACUAUCCCUUUAAAACCCUUUGCACUUUGUUGUUGACAAUGUACUGUAACUGGUAUUCAUUUUAAAAGGAAAACAGGGUCAACAGUAUGUCUCAAUAUAAAGGUUCGUACUGUUAGGUUCUGAAUUAUAUGUCCUUAAAUAUGCAAUCAGUAAUAUGUUCUGAACCUUGAUGAACCACUUGAACUCUGUCCUUAUGUACCUUAGACAUACACACAGGUUUGCUUCACAAAUAUUUGCCUGAUACAGAAUGAGUCAUACUUAUUUAUUUAUCUAUCGGACAUGUGUCUUGGUGCAAAGAUGAGUUAUUGUGACUUGUUACAAGAGUCCAUGACUAUCAGUAAUGGCUGUUCUUCUGCAGUUCAGUCACUCUAAAGUGGGUCUCUUCAUUUUGUUUUCCCUUUACAUUUAUUAAAUUUGAUCAUUUUAUUUAAACCUGUUUGUGUAAACUGACCUAAAAGCACUUUACACUGACUUGUUGUGUCAGUUUAUCUUUAUUAAAAGCACUAUUAAUGUUUACUGAUACUUCACCAGCAAUUUGUGGACAUGCUGCCUUAAGUUUUUUUUCUUUUUUUAAUCUGAUGACACUUAUGUUAAUAAUCCAUUAAUGUAAGAGCAGGUCCCUCCAUAUUAUUUAUUGAAUAAGAUUGUUGAUUUGAAUAAUGCCUGCUGUAGAUUUUACCUUGCAUAUGUAUAUCACUUUUGAGCUUUAAAUAAAUGAAAGAUUCUUA